AUGGUGUAAUAUUACAUGCUGCCACCAAACAUGUCAACUAGAAAGGGUGAUAACAAAAAGAAAGCGCAGAAAUAUCAAAAUGUAACAACAUUUAAAAAUAAUCUUCAUGAUACUAGUAAGACAACGAAGGCAAUCAAUAAUCUGGUAGUCCAAGGUGUUUGUGAGAGAUGUCGAGAUAUUAUUGAAUGGAAGAAAAAGUACAAGAAAUAUAAGCCAUUGACAGCACCUAGAAAAUGUGUGAAGUGUGGACAAAAGACAGUAAAACAUGCGUACCAUACAAUAUGUAUGAAAUGUGCUGUUGAACAUGGUGUGUGUGAAAAGUGUGGUUCUAAGGGAGAGGAAAUUGAAAGAUCAAAAGGGACUGAUGCAGAACAAGCAGCAAAGGAAAGUCAAAUGCAAUCCGAGAUAAAGCAUUUGACUGAAAGACAAAGAAGAACUUUUUUUCGUGCAUUAGAAAGAGGCAAUUUGACAGAAGAGGAUCUGGAUACCGAUGGUGAAAGCAAUGAACAGGAUGAAGACACAGUUUCUACUGAAGAAACCUCAAUAACCUAGGAAACAAGUGCUCAGAUAAUAGUCAUUAAGUGAGGUAAAAACAUAAGGGCAAUUAGCUCCUUUGAUGAUGGAUAAAUUAUACCCAGCUAUAAAAAGAGCUGGAAAAAGAAUAAGGAAUGGGGGAAUGACAAGGAAAACAAUAUUACAAGAUUAGCAUACAAGCUGCUGUUUUUGAGGAAACUUAGGUUAAAUAGUUCAGGUUACAGAAAUGGAAAAUGUUCACCACUCAAAAAGACCAUCUUUCCUGGUAUUGUAAAGAGGGAUGAAUUUGGGAGGAAAUUACAUACAUUUUUGUGUUCUUUAUUACCCUGAAAGGAUACAAAUUUCAUCCCAAGCUAAGUCAUCAAUCAUUAAAAGAACACAUGUCAUCCGGUGUUAGUAAUUUAUAACAGCAUGACAAAGCAUUUCCGCUUUCGAAACUGGCGGUCUAACCG